AUGGAAUCCGCCAUGUCCUCACGAACAAGCUCUCUCUCUCGCUACUACCCUCAGAUCCUUAUCAUUACCGGUGUCAUAGUCGCUCUUGGUGUCCUUCACCUCCACCAAGUCUACACCUCUCCUCCCAAAAAGAAGCCUAAGCAGCUCCGUCGUCGGAACGCCCAGCGUCAACGAAACCGUCUCCAGUCAUUUAGUAAUACUAACGGUACUACCUCUGCUGCCGACAAUCAUGCCAUUGCAACCGCUGAAGCUCUUCGUCGUCUCGAUGGAACCGUCCCUCCUACCGCUAAUCCCGAUGAAACCGCUGCAACCAGACCACCAGUUGUUGACCCGAUAUCCCUCCCUAAUGAUGAAGCGAUAACUACAAUGCUCAACAAUGCCGGUGUGGCUGCCCGUGGGAAUAGGGAAGAUGGUGGUGAAAGCGAUUUUUCAUACGAUAGGGAAUCAAAGGAUGUCCAGGAAAAUCAAAAUGUUCUCCAACUGUUAUACCUAAUCGCUGAAGACCAGGCAAAGCAACAGGGCUAUGUUCAUCGAGGCGUAACAUGCAAUCUUUGUAGUGCAAUGCCAAUCCGUGGUGUCAGAUAUCGCUGCUCAAACUGCAUCGAUUUUGACCUCUGCGAAUCCUGUGAAGCGCAAGAUAUCCAUCCGAAAACCCAUCUGUUCUACAAAGUCCGAAUACCAGCGCCUUUCCUAGGAAGCCCCCAGAAAACUCAGCAGCCUGUGUACCCUGGAAAACCGAGUAUCAUGGCAAUCAGCAUCCCACCGGAAGCAUUAAAAAGAUUUGCCAAAGAAACCUGCUUCGAACCACCCGAAAUCGAGGCUCUGUACGAACAAUUCAAAUGUCUUGCUGCAACUGAAUUCCCAGACGAUCCGAAUGGCCUGGGGGGCGGUAUCGAUAGGAAAACAUUUGACAAGUGUUUCGUACCAAAUAAUCAUCUACGUCCACCACCUCCAAAUCUGAUCUACGACCGGAUGUUUGCCUUCUUCGACACUGAUGGGAACAAAUUAAUCGGCUUUGAAGAGUUCGUGAAGGGUCUCUCCAUUAAAACUAAGAAACCCCUCCCGACAACAGCAAACAUGACCGAAAAGUUUCGAAGAACAUUCCGAGCUUACGAUCUGGAUGACGAUGGAUACAUAGAACGCAAGGAUGUCCUAAAGAUGUUCAGAGCGUAUUAUGCUUUGCAAAAAGACUUGGUCAAGGAUCUUAUCGCCGGUGUGGAGGAUGAUAUGAUGGAAUCAACGCAAGCACAGAACGUGAUUCAUGGCUCGCAACCCUUAUCUGCUGCCUUUUCAGCUGCGAUUCCGCAUACGGAAGACGCAAGAUUAGUUAAAACCCUCAGCGAGGAGAUUAAUGAUGUUGACCGUGACGCGUUGAAUCCGGAUGGUAAUGAGCUCGGGAGGAGAAGCGAGACCAUAGCGAACGCACUUCAAAGGCAUAGAAGGGAUACUUCGUUAGACAGACUAGCGAGACGGAAUCAGCGAGCGGCAGAACGGUUGCUACGGCAGAUGCGUGAGCGCGACCAGGCGAAUAGCAUUGCUAGUACGACCGGGAAUACAAAUGGGAACACCGAGUCUUCAGGACGAGAACCCCGACUGAGAGAGCUUCUCGACGAAAUUACCGAUAAUACGCCAAGUAGCGAGCAACCUACGGCCUCUCUUCUCCUUGACCAUUCUCAAAGUGUAGAGGGGAUCGUGAAUACUAUCCAACAAGUUGAAGCUGCAAGAGCCAUGAUCCAAGAAUUGAGCAGACACGCGGAAAACGGCGUUAUCGAUCAUGGCAUAUUGGAGCUGUCACGUGAGACGAGGGAUAACUUUGGACAAAUUGUCGAGAAUAUGAGGAGUGCGAAUUUCGGGAAUCUUAUGGACGGAAGGAAUGUAGACAAUGUGGAGGAUAUGAUUCAUGUGCUAAAUAGGAGUACCGAUAGCAUGGAUGAUAUGAUUCAUGACUUGAAUAGAAUCAUGGAGGCACAUGAUAGAGGGGAUAUUACGGUUGCGCCGGCUCCGACUAGUGAAGCUGUAACCGAGGAGACUAACGAGGAUGAAGAACUAGAACAGGAGGAGGUACAAGGGGGAACUCAAGAGGAAUCUCAAGAGGAAUCUCAAGAGGAAUCUCAAGAGGAGUCACAAGAGGAGUCACAAGAGGAAUCACAAGAGGAAUCACAAGAGGAGCCUCAGGAGGAAGACGAACAAGAAGAACAGGAAGAACAGGAGCCUGAAGAAGAUCAUAUCCCAGAUACGGUAAUUGAAAGAGUAGCAACACCGGCACCCCCACGCGAAGAAACAAUCGAGGAGGAAGAACCCACCAACCCAUCGCCGGGCUCAUAUGUCAUCCCCGCCCCGAACUUUGAACCACAAUUUGGCUCUUCUUUCGAUCUCCCAGACGAUUGGACAAGUGGGCUUAAAGAUCCGAUCCGUCGUCCCAUGAAGGAGGAAUUGAAGCUUUAUUAUCUCGAAGAUUACUACAAAUCGGAUGAUGAGGGGAGUGACGACGACGACUAUGGCGAUGACUUCAUCAAAAGAAAGAAACCGGCAGUUAGCAGAGGGCUGGAAAGAGAGGAAGACGUAGGCCGGGAGAUUCUCUGCCAGGUUGUCGAACAGGGUAUCAACGAAAUGCUCGAUGCUUUGUUUUUGGCAAAGGAAAGAGACGGAUUGGAGAUUUUGCUUUCAUCGACUUCAUCUUCUGGUGAUCUGUUACAGGGACAAGCUGUGGAACAGACGGAGCGACCAAAGCCGUCUAACGAUGAAAAUAAGGAAAACAUCGAUAAGACGCCGUCUUCCUCGUUACCGUCUGUUACUUCUGGUCGAUCCCUCCAUAGAGACCCGGAAAACCCUUUUUCGGUUCUCGAUGAUACCGCUGAUUCUGCUUCGCAACAUUCUGCUUCUACUUCUCCUUCCUUAGACGUUGGAGUAGAAUCAUCUACAGCCGCCGCUGCUGCGGGAGCAGGUGCAACUCCACGGGAUCCGUUGGCGACAGUAAGGAAAGAGGUGGCGACGAGAGGUGGGCCGGGAAGAAUUAGUGAGCAGGAGUUUGUGACUUUUAUGCAUAGCGAUAUGGGGAGGCGACUAGGGUUCAUGAGCGCUUGGAUCAGUAUGGGCAGUUUUUAA